AUGAUGUCUGAUAGCCUAAUUCCUCUUACCGUCAUCAAAGGCGCCGGCCACGAGUUCAUUCCCCUCCCGAAGGGUGAGAAUGCAAUCACUGCCGACUUCCAUUCUAUCCGCACUAAAACAGAGUCACCCGCACAUAUUACUUCGGGUUUCUACAAGAUUGAGGCUGGACCUGAACGCCCCGCACACUACAACUUCGAGGAGUCCAAGUAUGUCUUGAGUGGUCAAAUUGAUAUCUUGGAUGAGGCUACCGGAAUCACCCACCACCUAGUCCCGGGAGACUUUGCUUUCUUCCAUGUCGGAUCCAAGGUCAAGUUUUCGACCAAAUCUCACGGCAUGGCCUUCUACGCCGUUACUCGGCCUGUUCGAUUUGCCCACCCUAACCUUGAAGGCCGCGAGGAGGGCAAGUCCAAAUUGUAA